CUCCAAUCUCGCUUUCUUGUCCCCCACCUGGAUAGUAUAUAAGUUACAUGGUGUAAUCUUCUCCUGCUUGCAAAGCCAUCGUUCAAGUUUUUCUUUCUUGUUCUCGCCCAACGAAUAAUUCGCCGCGUCCAGCCCAAUUCUCCUAAUUUCUGUCCUUCCUCUCUUUCCUGCGUCGCAACCUUGACUGAGCUAUCGCGAGACUUUCUUGGUAGGAAAUAGAAGGUAUGUGAAACACCACCCGCCGCCUGUUACCAUUGUUCGUCACCCUCGCCUCGGCCUCACCACCGCUUUUAUUCCCUCAAUCUCACCUUCGUCCUCAUUUCCAAUCAGACAAAAAAGAACGCAAACCAAUUCUCCUAACUCGUACUUCCAGCUUUGACGCAGUCAGCCGUCCCAUAGCAACAUCCUAUUUCCUCCUACCACACAGAGUACCCAGCAUGGCUCCAGCUACGUCUCUUCCCACUUGGUCCGCUCUCGAGGAGCAUUACAAGACAGUCGGCAAGACCUUCGUCUUGAAGGAUGCUUUUGCUUCCGACUCGGCUCGUUUCAACAAGCUCAGCAAGACCUUCCAUGACUCCCCCUCCAACACGGACAUCUUGUUCGACUUCAGCAAGAACCUCGUUACCGAGGAUACCAUUAACCUGCUCGUGAAACUAGCACAGGAUGCUGGUCUCGAGAAAAAGCGUGAUGCCUUGUUCGCUGGUGAAAAGAUCAAUUUUACCGAGCAGCGUGCUGUGUACCACCCUGCUCUACGCAACGUCGGCGGCUGGGAUAUGAAGGUUGAUGGUCAGGACGUCAUGAACAACCCCGGUGGUGUCAACGACGUUCUUAAGCAUAUGAAGGAGUUCUCGGAGCAAGUUCGCAGCGGUGAGUGGAAGGGGUUCACGGGGAAAAAGUUGACCACCAUCAUCAACAUCGGAAUUGGUGGCUCCGAUCUUGGUCCAGUUAUGGUGACGGAGGCCCUUAAGCACUAUGGCGCCAAGGAUAUGACUCUGCAUUUCGUUUCCAACAUUGACGGCACCCAUAUGGCUGAAGCCUUGGCCAACUCAGAUCCUGAGACUGUUCUUUUCCUUGUAGCAUCUAAGACUUUCACCACGGCUGAGACGACGACGAACGCUAACACUGCGAAGUCGUGGUUCCUAGAGAAGACAAGUGGCAAGGGCGAGAUUGCCAAACACUUUGUUGCUCUAUCUACCAACGAGCCUGAGGUCACCAAGUUCGGUAUUGAUAGCAAGAACAUGUUCGGCUUCGAGAGCUGGGUUGGUGGUCGUUACUCUGUCUGGAGCGCUAUAGGUCUCAGCGUCGCCCUCUACAUCGGAUACGACAACUUCGAGAAGUUUCUAGCUGGUGCACACGAGAUGGACAAGCACUUCCGUGAGACACCAUUGAAGGACAACAUUCCCGUCCUUGGUGGUCUUCUAAGUGUGUGGUACAGUGACUUCUUCGGUGCCCAGACUCAUCUAGUCGCUCCCUUCGACCAAUACCUACACCGCUUCCCUGCCUACCUUCAACAGCUGUCUAUGGAAUCUAAUGGCAAGACCAUUACAUCGGACGGCUCCCCAGCCAAGUACACCACAGGCCCCAUCCUAUUUGGCGAGCCUUGCACUAACGCGCAACACUCCUUCUUCCAAUUGGUACACCAAGGUACCAAACUCAUCCCUACGGACUUCAUCCUGGCCGCCAAGUCGCACAACCCUAUCAGCAACAAUUUGCAUCAGAAGAUGCUAGCCUCCAACUAUUUUGCUCAGGCCGAAGCCCUAAUGAUUGGCAAGACGCCAGAGCAAGUUAAGAGCGAAGGUACACCGGAUGACCUAGUACCACACAAAGUGUUCCUGGGUAACCGACCCACGACCAGCAUCCUAGUAGGUGGUACCAUCGGCCCUGCUGAACUAGGUGCCCUUAUCGUUUACUAUGAACAUCUCACCUUCACCGAAGGCGCCAUCUGGGACAUUAACUCGUUCGACCAGUGGGGUGUCGAAUUAGGCAAGGUGCUAGCCAAGAAGAUCCUCAAAGAAUUAGAUGAGCCCGGCAACGGCGAGGGCCACGACGUCAGCACUGGCAGUCUCAUCGGAGCAUUCAAGAAGUAUGCGGGCAAUUGAAUACCGAAAAGGGCGACGAGCCAUCCACGACUUUAAAAGUUAAGCUUGAAAGUCCUGGGUGAGUAGAUUACAGGCUAAAAUUGAAUUAUCUUACUUCACGGGUCCGCUUCUAUUCCUCUUUUUUUUUUUUUUUUUUUUUUU